CUUCCUCUUCCUCUUCACUCUUCACAUCCUAUUGUAGUACGAGACCCAAGACUUGAAACAAAUCCCCCUCAAAAAUUCAUUUUUCUUCCAACUGAAACGCCGACCAAACUACCUUCCCGUCGUUACUUUCCUGCGGACUGGAAUUACCCCCUGGCUACGAGUCCUUCCAUCCAAUCCUUGUACUUAAUUCAGCCAAUCAGCAUCGAGAAUCCGAACCAAUCAGCAUCGCGGCUUGCUGGUCAAAAAAGCUGUUAAUUAUUGAAUCGAAAUCCUGCUUCGCUAUGUAACUAACGUUUCGCAGGAUAACUUAUUCCAGUUUGGUGGCAUCCUAACAAAAGUCUCGCGAAUCAAUCAGAAGUAAUCACGUGCUAUUUCCAUAAUCGAAUGUGCGGGUGAAGAUCGUGGCAGCCUCAAUUACCGUUUUCUUGUUCAACUUUUUAUUAUCCACAUCAUGCUUCCUUACAAAUCGUUCAUGCGACUCUUGCAAAGAGCUGGAGAUCGCCUUCAGAAAGUAACUUCGCUUCUCUCGCAUCCACCAAGCACGGAAUCACUUGACAUAGAAACGCGGGUAGCCAUCCACCGAUCAGGUCAACCAAUUUGUCCGGUCCUGUCUAGAGCAACGCAGACAGCUUGAUGAGAACAAGCAUGGUCCAAAUACUAUCCAGGAACAGCAAAUUGAUAGAGAAGAAGCUCUACGCUUUAUAAUAUCCUUGUACGACUUUAUCACGAAGACCGAGUUUGAAGGCGCAAUUCGACAGACAGCUCGGCAGAUUACCGCGUUGCUGGGAGAGGACUCGUACUGCAUGAUUCGGCCAGCUGCUUCGAAGGGGACAGGUCUAUCCCCUCUGUGGGUUUGGAGCCUUGUUCAAGACUUAUUUCCGCUCGUUUCACAUGACCAAGACAACAGCUGCAACACAGUCGUCUACCUUGACGAUGCUGCAUCCACCGGCUCACAGGCAGCCGCUGCCGUAAGAGACCUUUCUCAUAUACUCGAUGAUCGGAACACUUCUCGCGACAAGCCUCUCCGAAUGAUCAUGGGAUUUGGAGCCAUUUCGGACGAGGCCCGCAGACUGAUCCAGGCACAAGCCGCCGAAGAAGGGCCUCGCCUAAGGCUUACCUUGGUGAAUGCGCCUAUCGAAAUCACCACAGUCGACCAAAAGAUAUCAUUAAGGAAGGCUUCAUCGGCCAAAUUCCCGACAGAUGCCACACUUAACGCGUGGAUGGAAGCGAGGGCAGAGUGUGCCGAGCGAAGUUGGAAUUAUACCGCUACUCGGAAUGCCUUGCGACACGAACAGAACCGUUUCCCGGAUGCGAGGGAGUAUUACGCUACUAUAUUUGCUCACCGCUUUCCCGAUCAAACUUCGGUGAUUAUGCGUGAUCUCCUGGCGUACGGCCUUGAUCACGACAAGCAAGAUGGCCUCAUUGAGCGACCUGAUUGGAAACCAUACGCGAACAUCGAAAAGGAAAUAACCAAGUUCUCCCCUCGCCCAUAUUGGUCCCUGACAACUAAAGGGUGGCAACAGUACCUCCGCUCGCUUACCCCAGGAUUCGGUCAGGUAGUGGUUUCUAACAAAUUAGAGGGAAUGAAUCAGGUUCGACUCUGCAUGGCUUAUAACGCAGCAACUAACUACUCUCUUGAAUGUUGUAAAAACUGCACCAGAGUAAGAUAUUAUUCCACGUGUUGUAAUUGUGUUGUUGGGUUGGCAAACCUCAAGGGCUUCGCUGCCUAUCGAGUAAGGAGGAAUGCUUACCAAGUUCUCUGCAUUGCAUCGGCACGCGCAGAAGCACACACCAAGGCAGUGGGGUAUGCGAUCGGUUUACUGCGCCGUUUCAGGAAGGGUCAAAGCGGCGGUCGCAAUCCCCUUGGUCGCGAGCAGAUCAUUCGGCCCAUGACGAAUACUACGCUUGAUGUUCGAGUACGCUUGGAAGUAGCCGUAGCGCAGCGGGUCGGCGCCGCCAUUGAGAUAGCUCAUGUUGUCCUUCAUCACCGCGAGGACGUUGUUGUCGAGAAAUGCGGGAGGUCGCGGAGAGGAGAAAUUACCAUAGGCAGGAUGAAAGGCCAGUGGGUAGAACGAGAAAUCACGGGCUCCUCGAUACUCACGGGCAACAAGAUUGCGAUUGGCGAGGAGACAUCGCGCAGGUGCACCGUCGUCGGGCGUGGUGGCGCUGUCCAAGCAGUUGAGAUCUACGGCGAUGGCGUAGGAAAAUCGAG